CUCGAUCUCUUUUAGAGUUUAAGCAAUGGAAAGCUACAGAACUGAGACAAUUUUUGUUAUAUACUGGCCCUGUUGUUUUAAAAGGUAUUCUUUCUGAUUCUGUAUAUUCCAAUUUUUUGUGUCUCUCUGUAGCUAUUCGCAUACUUAUGACACCAUCAUUGUGUAACUACAACUACUUCAAUUAUGUAGAAAACUUAUUAAAGUAUUUUGUAUAUAAUUUUUGCUUGUUAUUUGGAAAAGAUCAGUGUGUUUACAAUAUUCAUUCGUUGAUACACUUACCAGAUGAUGCUAGGCAAUUCGGCGUGUUAGAUAAUGUUUCUUGUUUUCCUUUCGAAAGCUAUUUGGGAAGACUAAAAAAGUUGGUUCGUCGACCUAAAUCACCUUGCUCACAAAUUGUGCGACGAAUUUUGGAAGGUCAUUUACAACAAUCAAAAUUGGGCAGCAGUAUACCGUCUAAAUUUCGACAAAAACACUUGCUAGGUCCACUACCAUUGCCAUUACGUCAUUACAUUCAAUACAAGCAAUAUUUUGGACCACAAUUUCUGGUUUCUCUUGCUACUGCUGAUAACUGCUUUGGUGUUAAUAAUAAAAUCAUUUUAGUCAAAAACAUAUUAACUGAUGUAAUUUGCACAGAGGUUAAUGCUCGUGUUGUCUGCCAAGAGUUUCAGCGUAAGCAAUCUUUUUUUAUGGAUCCUCUUGAUUCAACAAGUUUUUCCAUAUAUUAUGUGGAAAAUGUGUCAUUUAAUACAACAACAUUUUUUUUAAAGAACUAAAUAUUAAAUAUUUUAAACUACCAUUUAAAAACGGCUUUGUAGUUAUUCCACAAAUACAUUUUUUUUAGUAUAUCAAAUAACUUGUGCAAUACAAUUACUUUACUAAAUUGUUAUAUUUUGAUAAGUAAAAAUAGUAUUCGACUUAUUUAUAAAGUUAUUACUUUGUUAUUUCAUUAUUAGUUUUGCAAUUAUUCAGUUUUACGAUUAUUAUGUUAAUCGAUACUUUGCGAUUAUUAUUUACUAUAAAUAGUUUAAUAGAAACAUAAUAUACUCACAUGUACAGGCCUUAGUAGGAAGCGCGAGCUAUAGCUCUUGCGUCAUUCUUUGAGCUUUGAUAUAUAUUAUAAUUACACAAUACAUUUUAUGAUUAUUAUGACUUUUAUGGUAUAUUAUAUUAUAAUAUCAUUUGAUAAAUCAAAGCUCAAAGGUUGAUGUGAGAGCAAUACCUCUUACUUCCCGGCAAGGCUUGUAUGAUAUCAGAUCAAACAUAAGAGGCUAGUCUGGUGUAUAUUUUUUUAAUUUUGUUUUUGUGAUACAGUAUAAUUAUGUAUGCAAUAGUUUUAUUCGAUGAAACUAAUACAACAGAUUAUGUGCCACUAACUUGGAUAAGUGGAGUUGACAUCAAUUCACUUCCAUCCAGUAUUAAAAAUAAAGUAUCUGUUAAAGUCUUUUGGCCAAAUGGUAAAAAUUUAAAUCCAACUAGUAUUGCAAAGGCUAAAAAUAAUCUAAUGGAUCCAGAUGUGCAUUGGCCUUUAUUUACUGCUAGAAUACUAAGAAUUGCAGACAGUCUUACUGAAGCACGGUCAAAAGCGAAAAGAGCCGAGGACACCUCCAACCUAGAUACAGCAGAAGAAAAUGCAUUGAAACGUGUUAGAAGGUGUAAAAUGAUUAGUUCUUCUGAGAAUGAAGGAGAAGAUUAUGAUCAGAUUAUACCAAGUAAAAAGAAAACUUGGCACAAAAAAAGAACACCCGAUGAUUUUUGUGUUACUCAAGUAGACAAACCUACUCUACCAUUUAUUCACAAAGAGACUCAUUCAAAAAAAGAAAAUUUGCUGAAUCUUUAUGGAAGUGAUAUUGAGUUGAGCAAUUGCGAGUCUAAUGUUUUACCAGCUGCAAGACUAGACUUUGAAAUAGACAAAUGUAACAGUUCAACAUCAAAAUAUUCUCAAUCGAAAAGUAUAUUGAUAGAUUCUGCCUCUUUUCAAAACAAAUCAUCACCUGUUCAAACAAUUAAUCAUAAGUUAUUAACAGGUGAGUCUGUAAAUCUACAGAUGAUUGCUAAUUUAUUAGCAACUGUAAUUAGUAAUCAGGAAGAUAUAAAAAAGACUCAAGCAAUGCAUACAGCACAAAUUCAAUCUAUCCGCUGCAAACUUGAUUUAAAUGAUCAUAUCUCUCCAGAUCUUCCAGAAGGUAUUCCAUUAACAGCUAAGUCAAUGGAAGAAAUAGAUAUUUUAACACAGAAGCUGGAAAAUCCCGGAAUAAAGAAAAUAGUUGCCAAACAUAUUGCUGAUAUUGGUGGAGAAAAUUUGAGAAAUUUUAUUAUGAGGUCAAUGCCCAUGCUGCUAGAUAGCCUUGUUGCUCGUAGCUUCAAUUUAACCGGCAAAAAGGAAAACAAUCGUUUAAAACAAAUGCACUUCAUUUAGUUCUUUGUAGUGCUGUUAAAUUAAAUCCUAGCACAAAAAAUUGCACGCAAAAGGAAAUCGAAACUGAACUUUCAACCUGGUUUGCUAACUCACGUGAUCGUGGAAGUAACAGUCGUAGAUCUGAUAAAGUCGCUGUCAAUGUUAACUCGACUGAACUAGAUGCAGAUUAUCUUACUCCGUCAGAAAAUAUGGACAAAUUUGUUUAACAUUACUUUUUAUUAAAAAAAAAUAGCUUACAUUA